AUGGCGUUCCGUUUCGCAACAAGACGAACGGUCAACCUAACCCCACGCAUCGUCAACACGACGGCAAGACCAGUCACGCGCAUUCCCUACCAACUACGAAAUCACAACGCCUUUGCGACCCGUUCGCCAGUACUCCGAGCUACCCCUCCUCGACGAACCUCACGACUCCAGAACCCUCAGCGCGUCGCUGCUACACGAUACUGCUCCUACAAGAGAAGUAUGUGCAGACACGGAGAGCAUGGCGGCGCUGGCACGCUGAACUACCCUCGGGAACAGCUGCCUACCAACGUCGUCCCGCGCCACUACGAUCUUACUCUUGAGCCCAACUUCGAGACGCUCAAGUUCGAUGGCUUGGUGAAGAUUGACUUUGACGUGGCGGAGGACUCCAACACUAUCUCUUUGAACACCCAUGAAAUCGAGAUCAAGAACACUUCAUUGUCCUUCUCUGUCGAAGGACAAGAGAAGAGCCUUGGCGAACCAGUCGUCACCUACGACGAGUCGAAGCAAUGGCACAGCUUCGAGUUCAAGGAGAAGCUCACCAAAGGCGGCAAGGGUACCCUCGAGAUCAAGUUCGUCGGUGAGCUGAACGACAAAAUGGCGGGUUUCUACCGCUCAUACUACAACAAGCCGGAUGGCACCAAGGGUAUCAUGGCCACCAGCCAGAUGGAGCCUACCGACGCCCGCAGAGCCUUCCCUUGUUUCGAUGAGCCAGCACUCAAGGCCGAGUUCACCGUCACGUUGAUUGCUGACAAGGCCCUGACCUGCCUUUCCAACAUGGAUGUGGCUGAAGAGAAAGAUUUGCCCUCUGGAAAGAAGGCUGUCAGCUUCAACAGGUCUCCAGUCAUGUCCACCUACCUCGUUGCCUUCAUCGUCGGAGAGCUUAAUUACAUUGAGACCAACGACUUCAGAGUACCCAUCCGAGUGUAUGCUCCGCCUUCUGAGGACAUCGAGAGAGGCCGUUAUGCCUUGGAUAUCGGUGUCAAGGCCUUGGAGUUCUACGAAAAGGCCUUUGGUCUUCCUUACCCUCUGCCUAAGCUUGACCAGGUUGCCAUUCCCGAUUUCGCCGCUGGCGCUAUGGAAAACUGGGGUCUGGUCACCUACCGUACUGUUGAAGUCUUGUUUGACGACAAGACCAGUGGUGCCGCAGCCAAGGAGCGAGUUUCGACAGUCAUCACUCACGAGAUUGCUCACCAGUGGUUCGGAAACAUUGUGUCUCCGGACUGGUGGCACGCUCUGUGGCUCAACGAGGGCUUCGCCGAGUUUGCGUCUCGCUAUUCCAUGAACGCCUUCUUCCCCGAGUGGAAGCUCAAGGAGUCUUUCGUCAGGGAAGAUCUUCAGGCAGCAUUGGGUCUCGACGGACUCAGGAGCAGUCACCCUAUCGAGGUCCCCAUCCACAAGGCCGAGGAGAUCAACGAGAUCUUCGAUAGUAUCAGCUACGCGAAGGGCUCUUGUGUUGUCCACAUGCUUUCGGCAUUCCUUGGAGAGGAUGUAUUCAUGGAGGGUGUCCGCAAGUACCUUAAGCGUCACGCUUGGGGCAAUGCCACUACGAAUGACCUGUGGCAAGCCUUGAGCGAGGCUAGCGGCAAGGACGUUGGCUCCAUCAUGAACAUUUGGACCCAGAACGUGGGAUACCCCGUCGUCUCUGUCACCGAGUCAGGCAAGUCAAUUAGCGUGGAGCAGCAUCGCUUCCUGACCACAGGAGACGUAAAGCCCGAUGAAGACAAGGUUCUCUACCCCAUCUCUUUGAACGUCCGUACGAAGGGGGGUGUCGACAAGGACUUGAUGCUCACUACUCGUGACACCAAAUUCGAGAUUGACGAUGCCGAGUUCUUCAAGAUCAACGCCGAUUCUACGGGAUUCUACCGUACCAAGUACGCUAUUGAUCGUCUGGAGAAGCUUGGAAACGCCGCGGAACUCCUUUCCGUCCAGGACAGAGUUGGUAUUGUGGCUGAUACGGCUGCUCUCGCAACCUCUGGCUACCAGAAGACCUCGUCUCUUUUGAGUCUGUUCAAGGCUCUUAGCCAGGGAGGCGAGGCCGAGUACCUGGUGUGGGACCAGAUCCUCACUCGUCUGGGCUCAAUCAAGAUGGCCUGGAUCGAGGAUGACGCUGUCGUUGACAAGCUCACCGAGUUCCAGCGGGAAAUUGUCAGCAGUAUCGCACACAAGCUAGGAUGGGAGUUUUCGAGCAACGAUGGCCACGUUGAGCAACAGUACAAGGCUCUCACUUUUAGUGCGGCCGGUAUGUCUGGUGACGAGAAGGUUGUUGCUGCUGCUCGGGCCAUGUUCGAGAAGUUCGCGGCUGGAGAUAAGACGGCGAUUCACCCCAACAUCCGAAGCUCCGUCUUUUCAAUUGUUCUUAAGUUUGGCGGCGAGAAAGAGUAUGACGCCGUGUACAAGUACUACAAGACCGCUGAGACCGCCGACGAGCGCAACAGCGCUCUCCGAACCCUUGGCCAAUCCCGCGACCCCAAGCUCCGCCAACGCACACUGGAUCUUUUGCUGAGCGGCGAGGUUCGUGACCAAGAUAUUUACAUUCCGAUCGGCAGUCUGCGGUCGAGCAAGGGCGGCAUCGAGGCCCUGUUUGACUGGCUGCAAACGAGAUGGGAGGAGAUCUACACCAAGUUCCCUGCUCAAUCUUCCAUGAUUGGCAGCAUUGUGAGCUACUGCACAAGCGGGCUUACCAAGCAAGAACAGCUGGAUAAGCUCGACAAGUUCUUCGCGGAGAAGGAGAAGAAGGGUUUCGUGCGUGCUUUGUCGCAGUCCACCGACUCGGUCAAGGCCAAGAUCGCAUGGACUUCCCGUGAUACUGAGGAUCUGCGCAAGUGGUUGAAUCUUUAG